GCUGUGGGUCGGCUGCACCUGCUGGAAACCGGUAGACAGCUGUGCAACGACGGUCGCCCGAUGCCUUGGGAUCCAGAGAAGGGUCCGGGGAAGGACUGGCUAGCUGUCUUCCUCAAGAGGCACCCACGGGUGUCGGAGCGCACGACUCGCAUCUACGAGUCAAACAGGAUCACCGAGGACAAGGAGCCUUUCAUCGUGGAGUUCUACAAGAAGUGACCAGCUCUCCUCGACGAGCACAAGCCGGAGGCCGACCACGUGCACAACACGGACGAGACAGUACCACACCGCAAGGCACGAAGACGAUGAAGGCCUUCGCGGAGGCAGGGCAGGAGGUGGUUGAGUUGAUGUGGUCCAACUCGCGAGAGAACACCACCGUGGUCACCACCAUCUGCGCCAAUGGUGCCACGUGGGCGCCAACCAUUAUCUUCAAAGGACAGCAACUCCAGCCCAACAGGUUCGCCGAGAGGAACGGCCCGAAGGAUGCGAGGCACACAUGCACGGACUCUUCGUUCAUGCAGGGCGACGUGUUCAUCAAGUACCUCAAGGACUUCCACAAGCAGCUCGACGACCGAGGCGUGUUCGACGGAAAGCCGCACAUCCUCGUGCUUGAUGGGCAUGCCUUGCACGUGAGCUACGAAGUCAUCGAAUUGGCCAUGGAACUCAACAUCAUUCUCUUCCAGAUGCCCUCCCACACGUCGCACAUCACCCAGCCGUUGGACGUCGUCGCUUUCGGAACCUUCAAGAAGGAGGGCACGGCGAAGAGGAAAGAGGGGCCGACCGGGCGCCCACCCCUAGAGGAUGUCCCCAUCGCCAUGACCCACGAGCAGCUGGAAGAGGCCAUCAGAGAGAGGGGCCUGAGGCAGUUGAAGGCGG